UCAGCAAAUUUUAUGCAAGGAACAAACAAAUAAAGCCUGGACCAUAUGAGGCCUAAACGUUAAACCCCUCGCAUCUCUUUAUCACGUCCACCACAUAUCGUUCUGGUCAAAGAUUUUACAGUUGUAAAAGUUGGUUUGUUGACACCCUGCGUUUGACUAAACAUUGUACCUUUUAAAUGUCAAUGUUGCCCUGCACAGAAAGAGGAAAUAAGCAAAAAUGGACAAAUUCAAAUAAAUGAUAAGUAGGAUUCAAGCAUACUAAGCAUAGUAAUAAGAUUGAAUGCUGCAAAACAAUAAGUGCCCUGCCCCAGUCCCACCACUCCUGGCUCAAUUCUGUCAAAUUCUCUGCGCUCUGUUGUCGUCAAUUGCCGCCCUCUUAGAGGGUUUCAGAAGCCCGUUCUGUCGAUGUCUGCCUUGGUACAGGUUGAAUCCUUGGCGGGGAAUGCAUCUUCCAUACAAAUUUCAAUCUUGACAGGGUGGCUUCCAUGCAUGCAAUAAUCUUAUCCUUGAAAAUCGCCGAAUUUCCAAUUUAGUGGAUGAAAUCGGCGAAAUUUGUGACUUAGCUGCCAAGUAUGUCCAGAGUAAUGCUUUUUGUAACUAAGUACUGAAUUAUUCUACAUUUAGGUAUUGGUUAUUAGAAAUGGGGAAGAUAAAGAUUUAUUUUUUAGGUCACAGCCAAGUCAGAUGCUAAUUCAGAGUUUGAAAUCCCCUCAUUUGGAAGCACACAAGAGGAUUCAUUUUUAUCUGCCGUAUAUGUGUAUGUGUCUUUAGGCCGCACAUAAAUCCUUUUCUUAGAAGAAAAUCAGAGCUAACACCUGAUUUUGAUAGAAUCAUGAAAGAUUCUGGUAACCCUCCAAAAUGUGUGGGUGAUGAGGUGAUAUCAACAGAGGGGGAGCGUGAAUCAAUGGAUUUGCAGUCUGGUGUUUUUGGCAUUGAGGGUUCCUGGCCUAGUAUACCGCAGUUAACGAGUGUGCAAGAUGUUUCUGUCGGAAGCGUUGCUACCACACGUGAUGCUGAUAACUCUUAUAGCAUUGUAGAUAUCUGUGAUGAACAUGAUCCGAAACCUAUAACUCAAUUUCUCCCAGGUUAUUCAUCUUUUGACCUGAAUCAAGUAACUACAAGCUCAAGAGAGUGCUCACCGUCGAAUCAUAGAAUUGAGAAUGGGUCCAGUUUAAGUAUAGCAGGUAGUGCAGAGUUUCAAUUAAUUGACCAAAACCCUGAACUGGAGGGCACUGGAAUUGCGUCCUCUAGGGAUUCGUCAAUGCUACGCAGUAAAUCAUCUACUAAAGAGGUUCCAAUAAGCAUGGAAAAAGAUGAAAAUAGGCAAGUUCAUCAUGCACCAUCAAAGCGGGUUGCUAACAUUGCACUAAAGGAUCUGGCAAAAUAUUUUGAUGUGCCAAUUACCGAAGCUUCUAGGAGGUUGGAGGUGGGACUUACAGUCCUAAAAAGGAAAUGCAGAGAGUUUGGCAUCCCGCGAUGGCCACAUAGGAAAAUCAAGUCCCUUAACAAUCUCAUAGAGAAUUUACAGGAAGAAGCCGAGAGACAGGAGAGAGAAGACCAAGUUGCAGCCAUGGCAGUAAAGAAAAGAACUAGGAUAUUGGAAACUGAGAAACGAAAAAUUGAGGAAAAACCUGGGACAGACAUACAUAAGGAUACAAAGAGGUUUCGACAGGAUGUCUUCAAAAGAAGGCACAGGGCAAGGGUUCUUGAAAAAAAGUACGAGUCUCUAGACACAAACUGGGAAGAUGGAAAUUCAUCAGUUUCUACCACUCUGACAUUGAUGAUAGAUCAAGCCAGCAUUUCUCCAUCUACCAAAUAAUUUGUGUUGUGGUUUUGUCAUUCAAUGCAGAGUCCAGACCUUUUUGCUCGUAUCCAUAUGCAAUUCAUGCAGAAGAUAUGCACUCCCUAUGGAGUUUUGUUGCGCAGAACAAGAUGAACUCUAUGAACAGACUAAUUGUAUAUUUCAACUGGUGGGGCAAAUGAACUCGGUCGUUUCAUAUGUUCAGUACAAGAAAAUUGCGGGAAAAAGACAUUGGGAAACAGUCUAUUCUUUAUCUUUAUUGUAUUUCAUUUUCUCAAAAACAAUUCAAGAUCUCAAGACUUGCACACUUAAGUAACCACUGGCUUUUGAGCAUAAAGUGUAAAAUUCAUGUUUGGCCAUUGGACUUUACCGAUUAGUUUGGGCGAUAGUUUUUACUCUCAUUGUUUGAGCUGUAUAUCACACCUUGUUUUGCAAUUGAUACUUUUUUUUAUUA